GCUUCUCGGAUCCCUUGAUAUUGUAUACUGCUUAAGACCCAGUCAUCACUUCCAUCCUAACUAUUGGACGAGAGCAGCCGCAAAACGAAGACGAUUUUAUUCUACAAGUUCUACGCAGAAGUAAAGGACCAAAGCCAGCAUGUGGCGUGUGAUUGGGCUCAUGUUGGCAGCCCUGUUCGUGGGCACGAACGCAAAUGUUAUUAUUCCGGUGUGUCCCGUCAUUUCGCAUGAGGACGAGGUUCACUACCUGGCUUCCGACGAAACGUCCACGUGGGUCACGCUAACAGAAUGGAAAACAAUAUCUGGAGAGGUCGAAUCGCUCGAUUGUGGUCCCUAUGUUAGCGGAAAACGACUGCAGGUCGCCCUCGGCGAAUGCGAUAUUGAAUGCAAGGCCUGUGAGGGCGGUGCAUGCUGCACCUACAAGUAUCUCCUGACCGUCAAAGUUGGUGAGUAA